UUGGUGCCCAACGUCGUCCUGCCAUGGCGGACGCGGACACAACACCGACAGGGUCGCGAAACCGUGCGAGGGACACGGUAUUUCAACUUCAACAUGCUUCAAGGCAUUACAUUGACCAAAGUGUCUCGUAUUUGCUGCUGGGUGUCAUCCUGGGCGCCCUUGGGUUCAUCAUUGCAGUGAUACCAUUGAUGUUGAGGGGCUUCAGCGGGACCAUUGGCACCAGCAAGCUGGAGAAUUCCUUUCUGCCCGCAACGGUCUCUGAGCUGGUGUCGAAAUGGGACUCGGUCGAAGCUCGGAUUUUCUUUGGUUUCGAACUCCUGGCAGCCUUCUGUAUCCUUCUUUCUUGGUACCCCUUCAAGCUCCGCAACGCUGGCUGCAUCCCAGCGGAGGGUGGCUGUUACCUCCCUGUGGGCCCCUGCACGUGCAUCAACUUGUCUUGGGCCAAUGCGCGGCAGUUCUUCCCCCCAGUGGGCCUCGUUUUGGUGGCAUGCGUGCCCUCUGUGCAGGAGAACGACUGGGAUUGCGAGAAAUUGGUCCUGGUGGUGGUCCACUGUGUCUCCGCUAUGCUGAUGUUUAUGAGCUUCCUAUUCGCAGAAGCUCACGCGUUGUCACUCUAUUCUUUUUAUUGUGCAGUCCAAAGUAUUCAACCUGGCACUUUUCAGUACAAGCUGCGCUACCUUACCUGGCACUUGGCCUUCUGGCCAUAUCUUCUCUUCUGCUUGAUCCAAGUCUAUGAUCUCUUCAGUUCCCUGCAUCCCUAUGUGAAGAUCACUUCCUUUGUCUUGGAAGUGGAUGCUGGGCUCGCCAUGUUGGCCAAUCACUACGUGAUUUGGUAUUUUGCGCCUGAGAGGAAUUGGAACCCCACCUCAAGUAUCGAAAUGCAAAAUGUGGACGCCGCCUAGUCAUGGAUUUCAGGGAAAAUUUGCGGGACACCAUGGCCACACUUUAUUGCUAUGCGAGCCACCAAUGAACAAGAAUUCGCUGGUGGGCAAUUUGAUCUAGCGCGACCGAUAUUGGAAACACUAAUUAAAUUGGAAAAAUAAA